AUAAGGCUGAAUCAUGAGACUGAGUUUGUGACUGGUAUAAGCGGGGAGAUGACCGGUGGCUCUAUUACUUCUCUGACGUUUCAUACAAACCUUAGAGCAUACGAAGCAUUUCACUUGAAAAUCAAUAGAGGGGAAAAAGCUAGACCGUCGGAGAAAAUAGAGUUUCAUUCAGGAAUACUUGAUCGCAGUGAAUUUGAAAGCUUCUUUGGAUUUGCUGAUGAAGAUCACUUGCUCACAAUUAAUUUCUAUGUGAGGCAUAUCUUCUCUGAUGUUAAGACUAUUAAAAUGGAAAACGAAUAA